AUGGGGUGCUCUCCAUCCAAAGGCCAUAAUUGGAAUGAUGCUGCGAGUCCCAUCACUGACAGUGGGGUUCUGAUGAGAGGUCCUGCGGAGUUUGACAGUAAUCUGCAAUCUAAUGACAAAGCAUGUAGUUCCUCUGUAAGCCAGAUAGAGAUUGAUGAUGGCGAAAGGACAUCGAUGAUCCAGAAAGAUGCCUCCAUAGUGCCCCAGGAGGGGAGGAGGCUCUCAUUAGCUGGAGUAGCCUCUGAGGUAGGCACAGUCCUGGCCAAGGUGAGCACCCAAGAGGUAGAGGUCAAUGUGGUGCCCCAGGAAAAAGAAACACAAAAUCUCUCCAUAGAGGAAAAUCAAGGUAAAACAGUAGGAAGUAGGCCCAGAAGGAGUAAAGGGAGCAGACAGAGCAGACAAAAAUACAAAGAUAAACAGGCCUUUCUCAGUGAGCAGAAAGUGGACUUCCCAGAACCCAUGGUGAAAGCUCACCAGGCAGCUUAUGCUUACCUGAAUCCCAGCAUUUCCAAAUAUGAGGCCCUGCUUGGACUGCUGGAUCAGGCAGCACACACACAGCUCUCUCUGCGGCCUAUGGUAGCCUUCAUGGUGCUGCGCUAUGAGGAGGUCUCCCAUAGCCUGGAGGAAAUGGCCACUGAGGGAGAGCAAAUGUUGAAGGAGCAUAGAGACCACCUGGCCUGGCCCUGCCCCAUGAUGGACCAUUGUUCCACAGCUUCAGCCAAGCCAGAGAGCCAUCCCCCAGACCUAAUGCAGCAGCUACUCCAAUACUCCACAGAGAGGAUGCGGCUAGUAGGGGACUCUGUAGGUGGGUUGGGGGAUUCUGCUCUGGAAGAGGCCUCUGAUUACUUUUUCUCCCUCUCUGAGCUGCUCGAUGAGAAGCUUAAGGCCAAAAAGGUGGCAGAGGGGCGACUGUCACAAGUCAUAGUGCAUAUUGAGGCGGCCGCCUACCGAAAAUCCAGCCCUGAAGACUCUGCUCUGCAGAGUGAGGACAGUGGCAUUGGGGCAGACAAUGAAUCACUGGCUGGAUCUGAGAAGCCUCAACACAGGCGGGAGAGCUGCGAGUCUGCUGGCACCACUGGUGCUAAGUCCAGGAGCCACCCCUGCAAUACAUCCAGCUCAGGCCAGCAAGGGAAGGCCAGAACUAGGCAGGUUGGAAAAGUGAACGCCAGCCCUUCACUGAAUUCCCUGGACUCGCCUUAUACUGGCAAAGACCAGACAGGUACAGACUACCUGCGAGGCUCAGAAGAUGAUGAGGAUGAAAAUGACGAUGAUGAAGAUGAAGAAGAAGGUGAAAAAAAGAGUAGGCAGAGGUCAAACUCUUCCCCACCCGAUCCAAGUCAGCUUACACGUCACCCGGCCACAACGCGUAUUGAGAACCCGCAAAACGUGGAGUUAACAUUUAAGAUGAAAGAUGCCAUCAGUGGCCGCAUCCGCUUUAUCCCCUCUCAGUGUUCUAUGAUGAGAUCCAGAAGAGCAGACGGUAUGGGGGUGGGCUCCCCCCAGUGGACAGAGGAGGACGACUGGCAAGCCAGACGGCCCCAGACAGCAAGUGCCACCUUCAAUGUUGCUAGAAAAAAUGCAUCAGCAGGCAGGCGGCAACGCUCGCGAUCUGCAGAAUCCCUGCGCAGCCAGGCCGAGGACCCUACCCUUCUGCAGCUAGAGAGGACACAGAGGGACCUGAGUCGUCGAAUGGAGAGGAUGAGCAAAGGUGAGGCAGGGGUAGAGGCUAAAGGAACAGCAAUUUUAAAUAUUGGAAGGGGAAAACCAGAAGAAGUAAGAAAACUCCUGCAUCCUCAGCCCCCUGUCUCAAACCGUUUACGGUCUUCUUUGGACAAAAACUUCAACAUAUUACCCAACCAUGACAGAAUGGGGCUGCGAGCACAGUCAUCAAGACAUCAAAGGGUGGAAAAAGAAGACAAAAAGGAAGAGAAACCGAAAGAAAGGGUAGUAGGGAGUGGGCAGCUGAGGGCUAGUAUUCAGCCCAGUCCCCCUGUUCUAUCUAAAGCAGAGUGCCCUACAUUUCACAGGGGCAGGAAUUCGGUCAAAAGGCUAAUUGACACUUUCAGUCAGAAGAAUGACAAACAACACCAAGGGCCUUCAAAUAUCCAUGGCUCUUUUAGAGAGAACAGGACCUGUGGUAUUCCUACCACUGUUAGCACAAGAAAUGCAGUUCGCAUCAUCAAUGGCAAUAACAACAACAACAGCUGUUCGGUGGACCCCAGGGCCUCGAACAGACCAGAAGACCUUGACGAUGAUAGUCUUCCACCCCCUCCUCCCGAGGUCUUGAUGGAUAACUCCUUUGAGUGUGCACCAGGGCUUUUUGUUAGUGAGAGUGGGGAUAACAUGACUAGCAGUGGAAGAUCUCCUGUGCCCCAGAGGAAUGUGGUAUCUCAGCGGCUGCGUGCCUCCCUACCUUCAGUGACAGAACCGUCCAGCCAUGGCGGCCCAAGACGCAGCUCCCUUAGCUUGUCCCCUACCUGCCCUGUCAGACAGGAUGCCAUGGUGGGGUACCAGAGUGGGGAUGAUGGCUUACAGCUUGAAAUAGACCCCAAGAGUGAAGAAACUGCCACUCUAUAUCGGCAGGCUCGAAAGAUUAUUCACCUGCGUCAUGCCACUGACUCACCGGUGAAGAACCUGGUGGAUGUAGGGUCCACAACAGCCUCAGUUUCCAUUGGAAACAAUGUCUCUUCUGAGAUGAAGUCCACAACUCAGUACCCUAAUAUUCAACCGCCAACCACUCCACCUGUUUCAAGAGCCCGCAUGCCACCCUGUACCCCCUCCAACUGGAAAUUACAUAAUUCUCCUCCUUUUAGAUGCCAGCCCAAUCCACCUCCCCCAGAAAAACUUCCCACCUCACCACCAGGCCAACAGAGACACCUCAACUCCUUGAAACUAAUGCAAGAAGAGACCCUAGGUUCAACCUUAGACUCAUGUCCCUUGAAGGCCAACUCACCUUCACCCUCUCCCCAAGUCGAGCGGUGGACCCGCCCAUCAUCUCCCUCUCAAUCCUUAAAUGAUGCUCGCUCUGCUUUCUGUCACACCUUACCCUCACUGUCUGAGCCCCCAACCUGGACCACAUCUGGCAGCUCUGCGCUCCCGCAGCCCUGGGGAAUGGCCUCUUAUCAUAGGCUGCCUGUUUCAGUGCGAGGCCCCCAGCCUUUUGUCAAACUAAAUCAGACAGACCGCCACUCCAGCAUUACCUUGCCAACCCAACAGCCUGAAAAACCCAUCGCCACAGUGAACGAGAGCUGUGGGAAUGACCCCAUCAUCAGUAGCAAGAAGUAA